AAAAGAAUUGUUUUCCACUAGCAGAGCAGCAGGAAACCAAAGUUAUACAUUUUGUUAACCACUUUCUGGUGACUGCAGAAUGAAGAGGGCAGCACAACUCAUAGGUCUUAUCAUAUGUAUUACAAUUGCAUAUGCAAGAAUUAGAGGCAGCAAUUAUGAGAAAGAGCUAAUAUGUGGUCAAUAUACCAAACUGGGAAAAGACAACUUCAGAGUUGUUUUGAUCGUGACCCAUGGCAGAAAAUUCCCGAAUGGCACAUUUGAAGAAGUCUCCGCAGUUGUGAAAGAGAUGGUAGAUCUAGCUGAAAAAUGCUGUGAUGCAAAUGCAGAUCCUAAUUGCUAUGAGGAAGGGUCAAAUGCCAUAUCAUUGAAGUCUUGUCAAGAGAACUCUCCUUUUCCCUAUCACCCUGGAGUUGAACAAUGUUGUAAAUCACAGGGAUUGGAACUGAAAUUAUGUCUAGCAGCCCUUGAAUUCCCACCCCUUGAAAUUCCUGGUUACGUGGAGCCAAGCAAUGAAGAGCUAUGUGAGAGUCUCACUAAAGGUGGUCAGAGUUUUACAGACAAAAUUGCUUUUGAAUUUUCAAGACGUUCUGCUGGUGCUCCAAGUGAAAUAGUCCACAGUUCUUUAGCAUCUUUCCUGAAGAUGCUUUCUACUUGUUGUGGAUCUCCUACAGCUAGCAAAUGUUUUGCUGAACAGAGAAUACUUCAGAAAGAAACCAAGUUACUGAUAGUUAUGACUCAUGGAAUUUGCACACGUUACCAGAUUCUUGGAGGAGAAAAAUUCAAGACAAGAAGUGUGGCAGUAUUGGCCCAGAAGAUACCAAGUGCUGAAUUAAAUGAGAUACGUCGUGUUUCUUCACAUCUUAUAAAUACUGUUUCAAAAUGCUGCAAAGAACAGUCUGCAGAUUGUCUGAAAAGUGAGCUUAAGGUAUAUAAGGACGUUAUAUGCAACGGGACACUUCCUUCAAAAUCAGAAAAACUUGAAGAGUGUUGCAGUAAGGGAACUACAGAAGCACUGGUGUGUUUCCAUUAUUUAGACACAGGAGACUCUGUUCCAUGGGAUGAAUCAAGGAGGCCCAGUGACGAGGACUACUGCAAAGAAAGACCACAUCUUGGCCAAAGAGUAAUAUAUGAGGUGGCAAGGACACACACAAAGCUGCCGGUAACUCUUUUAUCAAAAAUAUCUGAUGUAGUUCAAAGAAUAGGCGAUGAAUGUUGCAGUGCUGAGGACCAGACUAUAUGCCUGAGUAUAAAGAGACCAAAUAUGAAGAAAGAGAUGCAUCAGUAUUUAGAGAAAGCAAAGGAUCUCUGCUGGGAUCACAAUACGAAUGUAUUUACUGUCUACAAGAAAAAGGUUCAAGACAGCUUUCGUGAACAGCAUCCUGAAGCAACAGAAGAGGAGUUAAAAGCAUUAGUUGAUCAACGUACCGAGUUUGCCUCAACGUGCUGUAUCCCAAGAGGACCAAUGGUCUACUGUGAAAAUAUGUUCAAAACGUUGAUUGGACGGACAUGUGAUCAUGAAACUUGUCUCCUGAGUUAAGCACAGCUCCUACCAUGUGUGACCGUGUCCUUGGCAACUUAUACCAUUUUCUCAGUGAUCCUGUGUAUUUGUCAUUCGGUGUAUUGCCUGCCUUCAUUUUCCAUAUGCCAGAAUUUUGAUUUGGUUAACAAAUGUUAUAGUCUGUGAUUAAAAGUUGAAAGGUUCAUUUUCUGUGCUCAUUAAAAAAUGCAAUAAAGUUAUUAAUAUCGUA